AUGGGCCGGUCUAAAAGGAAUGUGUUGACAGCAAGUGGGCACAUAAUAACAGCUGUAAUAGGCUCGGGCGUGUUAGCACUUGCAUGGGCCAUUGCUCAAUUGGGCUGGAUUGCUGGGCCCAUUGCCCUAUUGGCCUUUUCUGUGAUUACUUGGUUCACUUCCAUCCUAUUGGCUGAUUGCUAUAGGUCAAGUGAUGGCAAGAGAAAUUAUACCUACAUGGAAGUUGUCAAAUCCCAUUUAGGAAGUUCAAGAGCUCACCUUUGUGGGAUUGCACAAAAUAGCAUAUUUUUUGGUGCAAGUGUAGGAUACACAAUCACAACAUCUAUAAGUAUGGUGGCCAUGAAGAGAUCAAUUUGCUUCCACAAACAAGGACACGAUGCUGGCUGUCACGUGUCGAACAAUCCUUCGAUUAUGGCUUUUGGAUUAAUACAAUUAUUGCUAAGCCAAAUACCAAAUUACGAAAAGCUCACAUGGCUUUCUCUGCUUGCGGCUGUUAUGUCAUUCGCGUACUCUUCUAUUGGACUUGCUCUCUCUAUAGCCAAGAUUGCAGAAGACAGAGGACAUGUGGAGAGUAGCCUUACAGGAAUACCAAUGGGAGCAAAUAUGUCAGGCAUGGAGAAGAUGUGGAAUACCUUUAAUGCCCUUGGCAACAUUGCAUUUGCUUAUACUUUCUCCCCUGUCCUCAUAGAGAUACAGGACACAAUAAGAUCAGGAGUCCCAGAAAACAAAGUGAUGAAAGAGGCGACUCUAAUCGGAAUCUCGAUCUCCACAGUCUUUUACAUGUUGUGUGGGGUUUUAGGAUAUGUCGCGUUUGGCAAUAAUGCCCCUGGAAAUUUCCUUACCGGUUUUGGCUUUUACGAACCUUUCUUGUUGGUCGCUUUCGCUAAUUUGUGCAUCGUGGUCCAUCUUGUCGGAGCUUAUCAGGUAUUUGCCCAGCCACUAUAUAUAUUUGUGGAGAAUUGGAGCAAAGAGAAAUGGAAAGGAAAUAAGUUCAUCAAUGCAGAAUUCCCCAUUGCUUUCCCAUUUUGCGGUAGAUUGAAAGUGAGUUUAUUCAGGCUCGUUUGGAGGACGAUUUAUGUCAUUUGCACGACGGUUUUGUCAAUGAUAUUUCCCUUCUUUAAUAACAUCGUGGGGUUGAUUGGGGCUUCCGCAUUUUGGCCAUUGACCGUUUAUUUUCCGAUUGAGAUGUACAUUGCGAGGUCGAAAAUCGCGAGAUUCUCUUCCAAAUGGAUUUUGAUGCAGACGAUAACUGUCGUUUGUCUCAUUGUGUCUCUUCUUGCGAUUGCUGGCUCGAUUGAGGGUCUUGUGACCUCUGUUAAGUCCUUCAAGCCUUUUCAUUCUGUGUCUUAAACUGAUUGUGGUUUAUACCAGAAUACUAUGGUUUUUGUGGUUGAAACAUCCAGUUACAAAAUAUGUUUUUAAAGCACCAUCUCCUUAUGUUAUCCAUCCUCUUUUACCGAUUUAAUAUUGAUCCAUGAGUAUAAAAAUGUCGGAACUAAUUUUGGUCCAUUAACUCAACGGGGAAGUGACUUGAGGAAAUUAACUAUAUUCUACUUUAUUUUAUUUUUAAAAUUUUCUAGUUUGACUAAUAACUAAAGUUCAUUGUGAACUAUGUUUCACUUUAUUUUAAUAUUUAAAAUUUGGUCUAGUUUGAAUAAUAACUAAAGUUCAUUGUAGCCCAAAAUAAUGCGGUUAUGAGAAUAAAUAACACGGUGUUAUUACUCAAUUCAGUUAUUGGUUCUACCAAAUAGAGGUCAUGUUUGACUACUAGUAGUUGAUUGUAUUAACAGAAAAUAGUUGAUUAGACUAACAAAUAGUUAUAUAACACGGUAUUCGUUUUUUUUUUUUAA